CAAAUCAAUCAAUGUGCUACACCACAUUGACAAAAGGAAAGAUAAGAAAAACAUGAUCAUCUCAAUAGAUGCAGAAAAAGUCAUUUGACAAAAUUCGGCAUCCAUUAAUGAUUAAACAAAAAAAAAUCUCUCACCAAAGUGGAUAUAGAGGGAACAUAUUAAAAGCCAUUUAUGCUCUUUCACCUCCUUGCUUCCAAGAUGACCAAGAAAAGAAGGAACAAUGGUCAUGCCAAAAAGGGACGCGGCCACGUGCAGCCUAUUCGCUGUACCAACAGUGCCCGUUGUGUGCCCAAGGAUAAGGCCAUUAAGAAGUUCAUCAUUCGGAACAUCGUAGAGGCUGCAGCUGUCAGGGACAUUUCCGAAGUGAGUGUUUUCGACACCUAUGUGCUUCCUAAGCUGUAUAUGAAACUGCAUUACUGCAUGAGUUGUGCCAUUCACAGCAAGGUAGUCAGGAAUCGUUCUCGGGAAGCCCGGAAGGACUGAAAAACUCCACCCUGAUUUAGACCUGCUGGUGCUGCCCCAUGACCUCCACCAAAGCCCAUGUAAGGAGCUAAGUCCUUAAAGACUAAAGAAAUACUGUUCCCUGGAAAGACAAUAAAGUGGAAAUUAUACUU